UAAUCAUUGAUUCAAUAAUCACCCGCUAAUUAGCAGGCACCAAGUAUUCACCUCUGCACAAAUUCUCCCGCCGUCUAUUUGGGCCUAGGGUUUUCAAAUUCGCUUCCCUUUCUUUUUCUGACGGAUUACCUGCACUCGCGCAUGGAUGCCGUUUGAGUAUGCGAGCAUGCCUAUAAGAGUGCAUGAGAACGGCGGAGGAUUUGACAUCAGCUCCCGCGAUUUGGCGAUGGUCAGUACGGAGGAAAUUUCCACGGCGGUAAAUAGUCAGUCCUUGCUGCUGCUGCCGCCGACAGCCAGGACUAGUGAGCUCACCAUUUCUUUCCAAGGCCAACUCUACGUGUUUCCUGCUGUUACUCCGGAAAAGGUGGAAGCAGUGCUGUUGCUCCUGGGAGGUCGGGAGAUGCCAACCAGUAUUCCCAGCUCUGAAUUACUAUUACAAAUAAAUGAUAAGGGUGUAGAUGAUGAUUUGAGCCAGCCUACAGUUUCUCGGAGGAUCGCGUCAUUAUUGAGGUUUCGUGAGAAGCGGAAAGAGAGAUGCUUUGAUAAGAAGAUGAGAUACUCCUGCCGGAAAGAAGUUGCUCAGAGGAUGCUUCAGAAAAAUGGUCAAUUUGCUUCUGUUAAGGAUAUGUCCAAAAUAUCUGAUGAUAAUUGGGAUUCCGGCAACAGCACUCAACCAGUACCAGUUGUGCAUAGAUGUCAACAUUGUGGAGUUUGGGAAACUUCAACUCCAGCAAUGCGUCGGGGUCCAGAAGGUCCAAGAACACUAUGCAAUGCUUGUGGAUUAAUGUGGGCAAACAAGGGUACUCUGAGAGAUCUUGCAAAGGAAGGUGAACAUGUGUUCGAACAAAAUGAACUAGUAUGUGAUGUGUUUGAAUCUCUAGAAUGCAGUCCUCAUGCUAAUGAAACAACUGAUUCAUACUGCAACCAGGAUGAGGAGUUGAUUGGUAUUACUGAAAGAAUUGCUGAUGAUUCAGCAAUUGGAAUAGAGCAUCAAUCUGCAAAUCUUGGUGAGCAGGAGAAAGGACCUAAUACUAAUUUGGUGCAUCUAGUUGCAUCUAGGUGAUGGUGAACACACGUGCUGUUUGCAUGCAUAUAUUGUCACGAAUAUUUCACUGUGAAUAGAAGGAACCUGGUUGUGAUUUGUCUAAGCCACGACCAUGGAAUGGUGAAUUUGACUUAAUUGCAUAAUCAUUUGGUUGUCAAGUGGGGUUAUUACUUCAAGAACUUCAACAAAUAGUCGACAAAUACUGGCCAACCAUAACCAGUAUGAGCUUAUGGAGUAGUAUUAUGUUAUGUAUUCCAUCACUGAAGAAAUUUCUCUAAUCAAUAAAUACAUGUUCACAUUUUCCAUGUCUUUAUCACAGUCGAUGGCAUUAUGGG